GAUAAAGUAAAAGGGAAAGCAAAAGAGGCUGCAAUAACUAGUGGACCAUAAAUCUGAGAGAAGAUAUUUUUCCAAUUAUUCAAUGGCCGAAGCGAUAAGUUUAUGCUCUGAACGGGCCUCACAAACUUUGCAAUUAAUGUAACAAUUGAAUUCCCAAACAUUGGUAGGCCACUGGGAAAACGAGGUAGUGGUAUCCUAAGCAACUGGUCGACUGGAUUUGGGUGAGAGCUAUCCCUCUGUUUCUACUUUUUCAACAAGUCGAUUCAUAUGUCAGACUGCCCAAAUCUCAGUUUGUGUGAGAUAGAGAGGGAAUCCUUGCUUCUCUCUGCUUAAGAACCAAGAAAAAGAGGAAACUGGAGUUGGAUUUUGAUCUACAGGGAAGUUUAUGGCCUGAAAGCCCUUGUUGGUUUCGAUGCAUUGUCUUCAGGAGGUGAUUCCAUGAGAGUUUCACCCGGCAAGUUGCUGUUUCCUGGGUUCCAACUGGCUACUAUAAAGCCCCAAGUCUGUGGGUGCUCUUGCACAUUUCUUUUCUCUCUGUUUUGUGCAUCAACAAGUACCAUAGCUUCUCCGUCGUUGCAAGUGGGAGGUACCAGUCAUGUUUCUGCUGCCUUGCCUUCGGUUGCUGAUGGAGUGGGCGGUUUUCCUGGUAAGAAGGUUGAGAUGGAGGAGAAUUGCUUAGAUGGGGGUGUCCGGAUUGUGCGCAAAAGUAGUCUGAAGAAGGGUGGGAUUCAUGGCGAGGGGAGGGAGAGUCGAGUUGACAAGGGAAGGGUGCGGUGGCUGGACUUCCAAGGAAGAGAGUUGGCUGAGAUCAAAGAGUUUGAGGCCAGUGAUUGGGGAGACUCAGAUGAUGAUGAAAACAACCGAACAUGUUCAUGCGUUAUCCAGUGAACCAGCUUUUGGUUCCUGCAACAUAUGGAAGGCCUAUAUGCCUAAGUCAGAUUGUAGUCAAACUGUUAUCUUUGUUUACAGACACAGUUUGUCAGGGAUGAUUCCUUCAAUUUUACAUUUUAACAGCAGUUUUUCUUUGGUGUUUAA